CUUCCUCCCAGCCCACACACCCACCUUCCGCUUUUGCGGAGGUACCGGAGCUAUGGCUCCUGUAUCUUCUGGGCGAGUUCGGCGUCGAGCUCUAGGCUCCAAGCGGGCCGAUGCGCGAGCCCGCUCGGCCGAGGACUGGUGGUGGGACAGGCUGGCACCUCGCGGUUCUGGAUACCACCUGCUGCAAGCGGACAGCAUGCUGCUCGUGCUGCCGGACCUAGAACCUACCCGCGCUCGGGCGCACAGGCGCGCCCCUCGCCGCGCUCCGAGACCUCUGACUCGCGGCCCCACAGUGGCAGCCAAGCCCAGGGUUAAGCCCCGACCUGAGCCGUCGCCCGAUCAGGGCCCGGACUCCGGCUGGGGAGACCGUAUUCCCUUAGAAGUCCUGGUGCAUAUUUUUGGGUUGUUGGUUGCGGCUCAUGGGCCCAUGCCGUUUCUUGGCAGGGCUGCACGCGUUUGCCGCCGUUGGCAUGAAGCCACCUCCCAUCCUUCACUCUGGCACACUGUGACCCUGUCACCCCCGCUGGUUGGCCGGGCUGCCAAGGGCAACCUUAAGGCAGAGAAGAAGCUCCUUGCUUCCCUGGAGUGGCUCAUACCCAAUCGGUUCUCACAGCUCCAGAGAUUGACCCUCAUCCAUUGGAAGUCUCAAGUACACCCUGUGUUGGAGCUGGUUAGCAAGUUCUGCCCUCGGCUCACCUUCCUCAAGCUUUCAGACUGCCACAGUGUGACUGCUGACACCCUGGUCAUGUUAGCCAAAGCCUGCCACCAGCUCCACAGCCUGGACCUACACCAUUCCAUGGUAGAGUCCACAGCUGUGGUGAGCUUCUUGGAGGAGGCAGGGUCCCGAAUGCAGAAGCUGUGGCUGACCUACAGUUCCCAGACGACAGCCAUCUUGGGUGCGCUGCUGGGCAGCUGCUGCCCCCAGCUCCAGGUCCUGGAGGUCAGCACUGGCAUGAGCUGCAACAGUACGCCCCUGCAGCUGCCCGUAGAGGCUCUGCAGAAAGCCUGCCCCCGGCUACAGGUGCUGCGACUGCUAAAUCUGAUCUGGCUUCCCAAGCCUUGUGGACGAGGGGUGCCCCAGGGACCAGGCUUCCCCAGCCUUGAGGAGCUCUGCCUGGCUGGCUCCACCUGCAGCUUUGUGAGCAAUGAGGUUCUGGGCCGCCUGCUCCAUUGCUCUCCCAAGCUGCGCCUGCUGGAUCUUCGCGGCUGUGCAAGGAUCACACCUGCCGGCCUUUGUGAUUUACCAUGUCAAGAGCUGGAACAGCUGUACCUGGGCCUCUACGGCAUGUCUGACGGGCUGACUCUGGCUAAGAAAGGCAGCCCCCUGUUGACCCAGAAGUGGUAUCACAGCCUCAGGGAGCUUGACAUCAGUGGCCAAGGCUUCAGCGAGAAAGACCUGGAACAGGCCCUAGCCGUUUUCUCUGGCACCUCUGGGGGCUUACGUCCAGCCUUGUGUUCCCUCAACCUCAGGGGUACCCGAGUUACACCAAGCACAGUCAGUUCUGUGAUUAGCAGUUGCCCAGGGCUGCUGUAUCUCAAUCUGGAGUCCUGCCGGUGCCUUCCCAGGGGACUGAAGCGUGCCUACCGGGGUCUGGAGGAAGUUCAGUGGUGUCUAGAACAGCUGCUUACGAGCCCGCUGUCCUCCAGAUAGUCCACUUAACUGGACACCAACCAGCUUUGCCCUGCCCCCUUUCACUUGCAGACGUUCGAGCUUUUGUUACAAUAAAGUAUUUUUAAGCA